ACAAACAUAUAUCAUAUAGAAAGAUCAAAAUAUAAAAUCGUGAUCAGCUAUAUAUAUAUGGCUGCAAAAACCUCAACCAUACUUGCUAUAUUCCUUGUAAUCAAUCUUCUCUUCCUCAACCUCAUUCCCCUGGUUGUGGCAGAAAAUACUUGUCCAAGAGACCAACUCAAACUUUCAACAUGCGCAAAUAUUCUCAACCUCAUCAACUUGAAUCUUGGCGCACCAGCUAUGAGACCUUGUUGCUCUAUUCUCUUAGGUCUAAUCGAUCUUGAUAUUGCACUUUGCUUCUGUACCGCGCUUAAGCUCAGCAUUCUCGGCAUCACCACCAACACUCCCAUUCACCUUAACUUGGCCAUCAACGCCUGUGGAGGAACACUUCCCGAUGGAUUUCGUUGCCCAACAUAGCUACAAUUUAUUCAUAUCUUGUGCAUGUUCUCAAGAAGAUUUCGUCUAACUAUAUUCAAAGCUAGAUUCAUGUCUAAGCCAUUAACGACAAUAACACUGGCGAUAUGUAUGAUAACAAUAAACAAAAAUUUACAAAUAAACAUUCCAUCUACCAAUAACCUCCUCUUACACUGUUUCCGUGCUCCAAUUGAGUACACGGAUCUCCGUUGAUAACCGAUUGUGUAUUGCAAGCGAUGAGACCAAGGAGUAUUUCGUAUGAAAACCAUAUGCCUUAUGCCACUUUUAGCAGGCUGCAUCGCACAAGUGAGUUUCCACCUUUCUUUUUGUGUUAAAUCUAGGCUUAAAUCUAUCCUUAUCAGAUUCGGAUGAUCUUCUCUUGCAAAUUUUCACUCUCUCUUUCUGAGAUGUGUCCAUUUAUAUUCCAUAGCUCAAAAAAGUGACCCCACUAACUGCCUAAACAAAAGGGUGAAAAAAAAAUGUUAACCAUCGAAAUCAAAUGAUUGUGUUCAAAAAAAAAAAAAAACCAUCGAAAUGAUUACAAACUACAUAGAGUAGGAAUUAGCGUCUUAGACAUGGUUAUCUACCUUUUGAAAUUAAACCGACAUAAACACUUUGUAAUUACUUAUUAAUACAUCUAUUUCUAAUUAAAAAUAAUAAUAAUAAAAAAUUAAAUAACUAUAAUGAUAAAUAAUUAUUUGAUUUUUUCAUUUGAAAUUUUUUUA